AUAGCGCACUCCAUCCCAGAAAACACAAGUAACAAAGAUUGUUCCUCACUAGCAACAAACAAAGACUCACCACAAUAUUCAUGGCUUUCUUCCUUUACUACAACAACAAUUUGGAGCUUAACAACCCACAGAUCCACAAACAAAAAGACAAGCAUUAAGAGGUUCUCUGUUUGUUUCUCUUUUUUUAACUAUCAUCAUUGUUUUUAAUUCAUGGCUUCAUUCCUUUACUGCAACAAUUUGGAGCCAAACAUGCCACAGAUCCAGAAUGAAAAACAUAAGCUUUACAAGUGCUUGAGCUUUCUUUUUGGAACCUUGUACUGCAUGAGUGUUAUCCCUCCAAAAUUUAGAACCAAAUUUUGAGUUCUAAACUUGCUUAGCUUCUAAGCCUUGUUUUGUUGUUUCUGGUCCCUAUUUCUGCUUUCAAAUCUGUUCUGGGCUAGUGUGAGGGAAGAAAGGUGCUAACUUUUGGAAAAUUUGUGUCUUUUGGUGGUGGUUGGUUUUGUGGGCACUGAGCACCUUAUUGUUGUUGUUUUUUCUCACCAUGCCCUUGCCUUUUGAGGGAUUUCAAGGGCAGGGUGGUGUGUUGGAUUUCUCUGCUGCAUCAGAUUCAUUGUUUCCUCUGCUUUUGCAUCCACAAAAGUGGACCAGAGACAGAGAAAAUUGCUAUGUGGGCAGCACUGAGCCCACCUCUGUUCUUGACUCCAGAAGAAGCCCAAACCAUUCUACUUCCUCCUCCACCAUGUCCUCUUCAACCACCAGCAAGGGUAGUGGUGGUGUUGCAGCACCAACCUUGUCUCAGAACUACCCACCAUGGGAAGAAGAAAAAUGUGGGGUGCCAAUGGAGGAUUGGGAGGGUCAAGGUCAAUCAAUUCUGAGACUAAUCAUGGGUGAUGUGGAAGCCCCAUCUGCAGGAUUGAGCAAGCUCUUUCACAGCACUGGCUAUGGGUCUCACAGUGUUGAUUUCAAUGGAGGUUUUGGUGUUCUGGAUCAAGGGUUGAACAUGGUUAGUAUUGUUGACCCUUCUGUGCAAGGGAACUAUCCUGGUUUUUCAUUCAUUGCUGAGAAUAUAGAUAGCCACAAUGCAGAAUCUAACUUUUCUGGUUUUGGUAACAACUCUCUGCUGUCAUCAUCUCCGGGUAUGUUUAAUUCUCAGCAGCAUCAAGGGAUUGGAGAAGUAGAUGAGAAACCUCAAGUCAUCAAUCCCCAGUUUCUGUUAAACCAGAAUCAAGUUCAAUUCCCUGAGAACCCUUCUUUCUUUGUGCCAUUGAGGUACCCUCAAGUGCAAGAGCAGCAAGUGUUGUCUCAGAAUCAAGCGAAACGCCUUCCUUUCGACACGGUUGGGCACAAUUAUCAGGCUCAAGUUCCAAAGUUACCCCUUUUGGAUUCUGGGCAAGAGGUGUUUGUUAAAAGGCACCAAACACAGCUUCCAUUGUUUCCUCAUCAUAUGCAACAACAGCAAUCAUUGAUGGUGCCUUCUGCUAAACAGGAGAAGGUGGAUUCUACUGGAGACGAUGUGAACAACCAGCUUCAGCAGAGUAUAUUUGAUCAGCUAUACAAAACUGCUGAACUGAUAGAAGCUGGUAACCCGGUUCAUGCCCAAGGGAUAUUGGCGCGGCUCAAUCACCAGCUUUCCCCUAAUGGUAAGCCUUUUCACAGGGCUGCUUUCUACAUGAAGGAGGCAUUGCAGUCAAUGCUUCAUUCAAAUGGUCACAAUUUUCUCACCUUCUCACCCAUUAGUUUCAUAUUCAAAAUUGGAGCUUAUAAAUCUUUUUCUGAGAUAUCACCUGUUCUUCAGUUUGCCAACUUUACUUGCAAUCAAGCCCUCAUUGAAGCUGUGGAAAGAUUUGAUCGAAUUCACAUUAUUGAUUUUGAUAUCGGGUUUGGAGUGCAGUGGUCUUCUUUUAUGCAGGAGCUUGCUCUGAUGAGGAGUAGUGGCGUGCCUUCACUUAAAGUUACUGCUGUUGUAUCACCCUCCACUUGUGAUGAAAUGGAGCUCAAUCUUACCCAAGAAAACUUGAGUCAAUUCGCAAAAGACAUCAACAUGUGUUUUGAGUUAAAUGUUUUGAGCAUUGAAUCAUUGAACAGUUUUCAGUUCUUUGAUGAUGAGGCUAUCGCUGUGAACAUGCCGGUAUCUUGCUUAGCAAAUUAUCCAUCAUUGUCUCCUUCAAUCCUUCAAUUUGUAAAGCAGCUUAGGCCAAAAGUGGUGGUCACCAUGGAUAGAAAUUGUGAUCGAAUUGAUGUACCAUUUGCCACUAAUGUAGCUCAUGCUCUUCAAUGUUAUUCAGCCUUACUUGACUCACUUGAUGCCGUAAAUGUGAACCUUGACAUCCUCCAAAAGAUUGAGAGGCAUUUCAUCCUUCCUGACAUGAAGAAAACCAUAUUUGGUCAUAACCAUUCGCAUGAAAAAUUGCCUCCUUGGAGGAGCAUGUUUCUUCAGUAUGGGUUCUCUCCAUUCACAUUUAGUAACUUCACAGAAUCUCAAGCUGAGUGUUUAGUGCAGAGAGCACCUGUAAGGGGAUUUCAGCUAGAGAGGAAGCACUCCUCUUUUGUUCUGUGCUGGCAGCAGAAAGAACUCAUCUCAGUUUCAACUUGGAGAUGCUGAUGCUGAGCAGCAUCUGAGUAACUUGUAUUUUGAAAGGUGCUUCAUUACUUAGUACUGUACUUUGUGUAACUGUUUAUGUGAUUUAGGCUUCUUGACGAUUAAGAUCCACUAUCCCAAUUCCCAAUGUUUUAUUGGCUAGAUGGGUUGAAUUUGGGUAUUAAUUAUGCCUCUGCCCAUUUUCAUUAUCUAAGAUUGGUGACAAACUCUCUUGGUUUGGAAGAAAUGAGCAAUUUAGCA